AUGUAUAACCUAGAUAGCGUUGAAGACGCGUAUGAGCUGCGGGACCCCGGGGACGAUAGGAGGACCCAUCCAGUAGGGCUAGAGGACAUACCAAGAGGGUCUGAUCCUCCGCCCUACCCUCAUGCGCAAAACGAUGAGCUUGUAGAACUUACAAAACAGCUACAGGAACUUAGUGGGCUGACGCCCGUGUCAGCUAUAGCGAAGGAAGCUAAUAGUAUAGUAAAUGCAAUAACAGCUCCCACGGCCCCUGCAAUGGAGGAUUGCGAGAGAAAUGAUGAACGAUCGUGGGAGCCGAUUCGCGCAAGCAUGUAUCCCCGCCUUCGAGGGGAGAUACCUAGCAUAGUGCCGCUGAAUGAGCAUUCGGGGAGCUCAGGAAGCACCUGGACCGCAUUCGGGGACCCAGAUGAUCAGGAUAGUGAUGGCUCUGAUGAAGAAGAGGAAAGCCCAUCGGGCGCUAACAAAAUAGAUAGUGGCCACGAAAUAGUGGAAUCCGAUGAAGAUAUAGAGGAGAACCCCAUAGGAGACGACGAGGACCGCCCGGUUAGGGAAUUUUCGAGGCAACACAGUGAGGACAGUUAUAGGGAAUUACCUAUGACAUCGGGAAAGUCUAGAAGAUACAGUACAUUACUCGAGGAGUCUGUACAUGAACUUAGUAGGAUGGCUGAGGAAUGUGCAAACAUUGAUAGAAUUCUGAAGCAAACCCCGCCAGCUCCGGAGGCUAGGAGGGAGGACCCGUUCACGCCCUCCGCGGCGAGGCAACCUCGUCUCACCCGAAAAACGCAGAGUAGGGAUGCACAGACCCAAGUUACGGGCACAAGUAAUAUCGCUCAGAGAGCAAGGUCUAUAGUACAGCAGGAUAGGGUACCGAUAGCCCCAAUGCCUAAUCUAGACGAGCCGGAAGACGAAGACGCAACGGAGGAUACGUGGGCUGUCAUCGGAAAAAGGAUACUGACAGUCAUCGCAACCACCUCGGCUCAUGUUCAUGAAGACAGAGCCAUAUGUGAUCAGAGGAGGAAUGCCUGGCAAGUCAAGACAGUACCCCCUUGGCCCUGCUGA